GAGAACCCAGAGGUGAGCAGAGUCCAUCCUGCGCUCAGUGCUGCCUGCUUCAGGCCAAAUUUCCCCAAGCCCAGGCCACAGGCACUAACAUGCAGAUUCCCUGGGCUACCCAAGCCCCACUGAAACACAGUGGCCAGAGGCAGCAGCAUGUUUCAAGUUCCCUGGGUGAUUCUUUUGCACAAGAAAGCUUGAAAACCUUUCACUUUCAGUGGUCCAGGAGUAAAUGUGGGAGGUGUGUGUGUGUUGCGGGGUGGAGAAAGAGAGAGAGCACAGGCAAUUUCCUCUUUCCCUCUCCAAGAGCGGGGCUGCUCCCAGGUUCAGGAAAGCAGUUAACCAGCGCAGUCCUCCGUGCGUCCCGCCCGCCGCUGCCCUCACUCCCGUCCAGGAUGGCAUCCUGUCUGGCCCUGCGCAUGGCGCUGCUGCUGGUCUCCGGGGUUCUGGCCCCUGCGGUGCUCACAGACGAUGUUCCACAGGAGCCCGUGCCCACGCUGUGGAACGAGCCGGCCGAGCUGCCGUCGGGAGAAGGCCCCGUGGAGAGCACCAGCCCCGGCCGGGAGCCCGUGGACACCGGUCCCCCAGCCCCCACCGUCGCGCCAGGACCCGAGGACAGCACCGCGCAGGAGCGGCUGGACCAGGGCGGCGGGUCGCUGGGGCCCGGCGCUAUCGCGGCCAUCGUGAUCGCCGCCCUGCUGGCCACCUGCGUGGUGCUGGCGCUCGUGGUCGUCGCGCUGAGAAAGUUUUCCGCCUCCUGAAGCGAAUAAAGGGGCCGCGCCCGGCCGCGGCGCGACUCGGCUGCACUCCUCACGCGCCUGUAUGUCCGCGCGUGCGUGUCCGCGCAUGCAGGUGUGCCAGAGCGUGAGCGCGCGCAGGCGAGCGCUCAGGGCGGGGGUGCGCGCGGGGCCGAGGGUGGGUGCCGUGCACGCGCGCGGGUCCGGAGGCGCGCCCGAAUUCCCCGCAGGGGCGCCGGGGCGUGCGUGAGCGCACAGCAUGUCCGAGCCCGCCUGCGUGUGGCGUGCACCUGAGCGCGCGCAGGGCCGCGCGGCUCGGCGUCCCCGUGCACCACGGCUGGAGUGCCUCAGGAGCGCGCCGCAUGUGCGUGCCCGGUGCGCCUGCGCCGGGGCCGCCAGGGCAUCGGAGCGGGUGUGCGGCCCGCGGUCUUAGCCCGUCCGGGGGCACCGUCACGGUCAGGGCCACGCCACGGGCGGCCCCUUCUCCCGGCGCCGCCUCCUCUGCCUGGGCGCGGGCCGAGGCCCUCGCCGCGCUCCCCGGGGCCUGCCUCCCAUCCCGCUCCGCUGGGGUUCAGAGCGUUCCGUGAGGAGGUAAGCGCGAGGGCAGGAGAGGCCGACGGAGACCCCGGGGCCCGCCGCUCCUUGAGGCCGGGCUGGGGGAGGGCAGGGGCCGUCGGCUCUCCCAGCCAGAGGCCGCGUGGUUUUGGGGGACGUCUUGACUCUGAGUCCUGUAGCCAGGGCCCCAUCCGCGGGCUCAGACCAGCAGCCCCAAGCCCCCCUCUGCCCAGGGAGCCUCAGGAGCAGGAUGAGUCGAGAGUCGACGCCGGACACGGCCCGCCCCUGCUUCCUACUCUCACCCCCAGGCCUGGCUGGGGGCCGGCAGCCCCCACGCCCACGGUUGGUUUGUUCAGGGAGAGAAAACGGCUUUCCCAGCUCUACUCACCCCACUUCACCCUCAGAGAGUCGGGGCGGAGUGAGGGUGAGGAGCCUGGUCUAGGGUCCCCACCUCGGAAGCAUUUAGAGAUGUAAACUUUGAUCCUUUGAUCAUUUAACCUGCUCAGCACAGCAGGAAGUGGGAACUUGGUUCCUACCCCAGUCCCCAGGGCCUUUGGAGGGAAGGGUUGGACAGUUUGGAGGCCAGCAGACCCCUUGGGGACAGCUUAAUGUAUCUGAAGAUUCCUGAGUGGGAAUGCUGCUGGAGGGCAAGCUGCCUCUCUUUUUUAAAAAUUCAUUUUCUCUAGCAGCUGUUUUGGCCCCUUUGGUGUCCCUGAGCUCCCCAUGGCACUGUUUCCUGCCAUGACUUUCUCCUCCUGGACACUGGAGCCCAGGUGGUGCCCGCGCACCUCUCACACACUGGGGGAUGGGGUCAAGGCCUCAUCCAAGUCUGUUAACAGCUUCCCACUCAACCAGUCUCCCCAAAAUACACUGUGAGUUCAAUGAUUGUGCUUAUAAAGGAGUGCUAUGAAACUGACCUAUUUUCCUAAUUGGUUAACUGACUUCAUCUCACAUAACCUUGAGUAACCAAAGCCUUCAUCAGAGCGGAUGAUCCAACCCAACAUGCUGUUUCCCAGCCUCAAAAGGCACGGGGACCAAUGGCCACCCAACUCCUUCCCGACCCGACCCUCCAGGGACGAGAGAUGGCCCCCUCUUUCCCUUUCCCCACUCUGCAAGCACUCCCCCACCAACGGGUGCAUCACAGCCCCUCACUGGGACCAGGGGGCCUCCCUCUCCGGUGGAACCAGUGUCACAUGCCUGUGCAUCUCUGUGAUUCUCAGAGGGUCUGAGGUCCGAGCACCCUGCUGUGGCCUGUGGGAAGACGCUACAAAGUCCCACUGGAUCUAAACCAGAGGCCUGUUCUGGCGAGCAGGGAAACUGUGUCCUGGCAGAGCGCGUGGUCCUGGGCACACAGGACCCCCUCAGCACACUGAGGUGGAGCUGGGGCGAGGGGAGGGGGUGCGCUCUGGGUAACUGAAGGUGUGAAGGGCCCAGGGCCUGUUUCUGGGCAGUGCAGGAAGUCCCAGCCCCACGCCUGUGGUGAGAUCCCCUGUAGGGCCCCCCACCAUGGACACUUCGGGGCCUCUACGGUCUUCCAAAGCUGUGUCCUCAUUUCCACUGCAGCAGAGGGGCGUCCCCAGCUCCGUCAAACAGCCCUUUCUGUUUCUGGAGUCCUACAAGUGGAGGCCCAAAUCCGUUCCCAUGUUGAGGCAAGGCCCUGGCUGUUCCUUCCUCUCUGGAAACCGCCUUGAACUCUUCCUUUGGGACAUGCCUCCUCGACCAGCCUUGAAGGGGUGCUCCUCUCUCACUACCUGGAACCAAACACCCCCUUCCUUUGUGUAUGAGGGCAAUAAAGAGUAGACCUUCGUCUUCUUUAUUUUAUA